ACCAUAUCAUUCAGAGCUGUCCCCAAUUCCCGACAUUUUCGUCGCAUUUCGAUACAGUUUUUGACAUAUUUUUCAUCCAUUCCGCCUCCUGGGGUUUCAUGUUGGGGAGGCAAUGGACUACAACUACUUGAACCAGCCGGGCAACCCUAGCCAGCAUCAUCACCCUGUCACCGAGUACAUGCACCCUUCAACCGCACACUCCCAGCAUGUGUUGUACCAGCAGUCCUUGCUCCCGCACCAGAUGCCCUACCCCGGUGGUAUGCUGCCUCCUGAAUUCAGGGGGGUCGGUGGUGGGCCCGAUCAGUGCUCUCAGGUUGCGGAAGUCGCCAGGAAUGAAAAUGUUGUGACUAUGGUGAGCGUAUCAGAACAAGAUGUCCACACGACACUCCUUCAGAUGCAAAAUGCUUUAUCAGGCAACAGCACCAUCGGAUACAACACACAAACCAGUGCUGGACACCCCCACACUUCAAGGUCACCACCAAAUAGACCCAGAACCCAACCAACUCAAGCCAUGGGCACUGCUGCACAACGCACCGCAACCAUCCAACCACAGGCAGCACCUGCAGAAGAGCAGUCAGCGCCGCAGAACCUGGUGGCAUCUGAGCAACCCGAGGCACCGGUAGAGUCGCAGGGUACCGGCAAUGAAGGGGAAGAACCGGAGGAGCCUCCGUUGGGUGGUCCUCUACCUGAGGGUUUGGCCUAUAGGAAGCUUGGCCCAAAGACGAUCUGCGUGGUGGCUGAUAGGGAGAUCCCUGCAGGGGUGCGCUUCGGUCCGUUCAAGGGUUCCUUUGGCAAGGGACCCAUCCACUUCAAUAACAUCUUAUCUUGGGAGAUGACCCUCGAGGGAAGAGUGGUCGGUUUCCUGAGUCCAGUCAAGGGUGACAAGGCUUGGACCACCAAAGUCAGAGCUGCCCAGCAUCUCGGGGAGCUGACCGCCGAGGCUGACCAGUACAACGGACGUAUCUACUUCACGACAAUCAAGGAGCUGCAACCCGGGGAGGAAUUCAAAGUGUUCUAUAGUGCAGACUACAGGGAGAGCUGCGGGUUCAAGAUUGGCCUCCAUGACCUCAAAUACAAUCAAGAAUCCAAAGGUUUCGAGUGCAUCUUCUGCCCGUGCCACUGCAGCAACCCAAAGAGCCUCUUGCGACACAUGAAGCUCUUCCACCACAAAGACAAGCGACCGGAAAUUGAUGUUGAAGUACAACAGAUGAAUGAGGAUAGAGAUUCUUCAGAAGAGAGAGAUGACAGGGAUGUGCUGAUCGGUGAAGGAGAGGAAGAUGUCAUUGGAGUGUCAUCUGGAAAGCGGUUUCCAAGUGAGGGACCUCUGAUCAUACAUGAGAAUUUCCAUCAGAAAUUGGGCAUUGGUGGAAAUGCAGGCGGAGAGGCAGGCAACAUGGAAGACUGCCUCACUUGUGAGAAAUGUGGCUUCAUUUGCCCCGACAAGGCAGCUCUAGAGAAUCAUGUACUUGGUCACAAGAAGGCACCCUUCGGAUGUGACGAAUGUGGACGUGUCUUCAUGUCACAUCAGGGCUUGACUGGCCACAAGAGGACAGAUCAUGGAACAGCCUCUAAAGACCGAUUAAAAAUCAAGCUGCGGGUACGGAGGAAUGGUUCUGGCAGGAACUUCUGCAAGACCUGCGGCUACACCUGUGCUGGCCCAAAGGAGUAUCAGAGCCAUAUCAAUGGGCACAAGCAGUAUCCCUUUGGGUGUCCCGAGUGUGGAUGUCUCUAUGAACAAAAAACUGCUCUCUUGGUCCACCUCAAGGAAAGGCAUAGUACGACCAGCGGAAAAGGACAACCAAUUCUGAUGUCUCUGAAGACGAAAGGUGGUGACAAGCUAAGAUGCUCUAAAUGUGGGUUCAACUGCCCUAAUGAAAACUCUUUCAACGUCCACAUGAAGAAUCAUGAUAAGGCUCCGUAUGGAUGUGACAUCUGUGGGCUGAUGUAUACACAGAAGCAAUUUGUCAUGCGGCAUAAACGUGCUAAACAUGGUAUACCCACCCCUGAGAAGCCUGUCUACAUGAGGCUGUCGCCACCAUUUUCUUGCACAGAUUGCAACAAGACAUAUGUCAAUCCGAAGAGCUUCAUGAAGCACCAGAAAGAGAAGCAUGGGUGGCCUGCUGAUCCUCAAGAUAAGUUAGGUAGUGCCAACGUACAAAGGCCUGGAGACUUUGAAUGUGACCUUUGUCCAGAGACUUUCUCAACACCGACAGCCUUUAAUUCACAUCUUCAAGAAGCACAUGGUAUUGAGCCACAUCCCAGUGACUUGAAGAAGGGAGGAGCCAAAAGGAGGAAUUCAGCAGCCCAGCCACAAGGAACUAGUGGGUCUUCAAAGGACACACAGGGCAGUGUUCUCGGGUCAACAAGAUGCUACAUCUGUGGCAAGACAUUCAUCAAGUACAGCUUCCUGCAUGAUCAUCUGAGGCAGCAUCAUGGCAUUGAGCCUUUGACCAGAGGUGGUUCUCAGGGAGCAGAGACAUCCCAGGCUAACCAGAAUGAAGAACAGAAUGGAGCACCCCUUGCAGAAGAACAAGAUAAGGGAGAGCAGAUUGACAUGCUUGGGAAACCUAUGGACUACUAUAACCGCCCUCGUCCUUUCAAGUGCAAGCAUUGCCCUCGAAGGUUUGUCUACCGCCAUCGUCUCAGACGCCAUGAGUACAAGGUCCAUCUAGGAGGUGCCAAAUUCAGCUGCAGCUUUUGCACCAAAGGCUUUGACAUGGAAAGUCAACUCUUGGUCCACGUGCAGAAGCACACCAACAACCGACCAUUCAAAUGCACCCUGUGCACCAAAUCCUUUGCCUCUCAGAGUGCUCUUGACAAUCAUCAGAAGGAACAUACCGGGGAGAAACCUCACAAGUGCGAUGUCUGCGAACGUGGCUUCGGCACCCGUAAACUAAUGACCAAACACAAACUCCGCGUCCACAGCAACAAGGAGAAGAAGUUUGUCUGCUCUUUUUGCGGUAAGAGAUUCUUGGCCGGUAAAGACCACAAGAUUCAUGAAAGGCGACACAAGGGUAUCCGGCCCUUCGUGUGCCUAUCCUGCGGCAGGGCUUUCAAGGACAAGCAUUGCCGAGAUGUUCAUAUGCGCAUCCAUACUGGUGAGAAGCCUUACGUCUGCAAGCAGUGUGGCAAGGCCUUUCCACUUCCUCACCGACUCACUGAUCAUAUUGUCAUGCACCAAAAGGAGAACAUGGAGCAGCAGGCAGCAGCCGCGGCGGAGGCGGCCUCGACUUUAACCAACCUACCUGUACAGCCAUAAUGCGAAGCAAUCAAGAAUGAUGUAGUAGUAACGUAGUUAGUUUCGAUAGAGAAUGUCUGAAAUUUGACAUUAUAGAGGGAAGAAAAUUGGCUUUUUUGUAGUGGGUUGAUUUGUUGGAGAAGGGGAUGGUGAGGAGGAGAAAGGGAGAGGAGAAGGGGAGGAAGAGGAGAAAAACAGCUCGAGGGGGAGGAGGAGCAGGAGAAUAGGAGGGGAGAAGAAUGAGAGGAGACAGAAGGAGAGAGGAGGGGAAGAAGAGAAGGGGAGGAAGAAAUGAUAGGACACACACAAAAAAGAAGAGGUAUAAGUGGGAAAGGGAGGAAAAGACAAGGAAGUUUAGUGAAAAUGAAGUUGCAAAAUAAGAAGCAACGUAGCAGGAUAACAACGGAAAGCAAAAGAAUUGUACAGUUGAUCCCUCAUUCAGAUGACACUGUGACAGAAGAUGAGUAUGACAAUUUUCUAUGGGCCUUUCAAGGCUAUAAUUCCACGUAGCUGUAUCAUAAAUUCUAUGCCUGAAACAUCAUUGUAUUUUGUAAUUUUCCUGUUGCAUGUACAUGUACAUACAAGUAGAAAGGUAUAUAUUCUGCUUUUGCAGCAAGUUAAAUCUUGAAAAUCAAGAAUGGUAUACCCUAAAAUUUUUAACAAAUUUUAAUUUCUAAAUUGGACCAAUUUGCCUAUUUGUUGUAUUUUGCAAUAUUUUGUCCUGUUCAUGUAUUAAACCAUUGAGGUUUCAUGUAAAAUAUUGUUUCCCCAAAAUUGCUUCAACACAUGAAUGUAUCUAUGCUUGUUCCUGAAUGGCUUACAUUCUUAUCCCCCCUCAAGUUCUUGCUAUUCAAUCAAAAGAUUGCAACGCAGGAAGUUGACACAACUCUAUUGAGUAUUCUAAAAAGAUAACAGAAUAUUUUUAUUCUACAUUUUUUAAUGAAUUGUAGCUGUCAAAUUCUGCAAGAUCAAGUGAACAGAUUGUAUGUAGCUGUAGUUGUAAACAUUCCUUUUCUUUACAAAAUUGAUUGCAUGAAUAAUCAUUGUAAAUGAUUUUAGUGUUUCAGGGAAAUUCAUUUUAAAGAAGAUACUAUAUCCAGUGAUAAUAUGAGGUGCUUGAUGUCUUUGGGCCACGUUGCAUAAAAGCUACCAUUAUAAUUGAAUAGCAGCAAAACCUUUAUAAUUUGCAUUGAAAACUAGUAGUACAGUAUUAAUCAAUAGGUGUCCACACUCCAGCAUCAGCUAUGACAAAGAAAUGUACGGGUCCAAUGGGCCGGCCCAUAGACUAUUGUCCCCAGACAGUUGGGCCCAUGAAAUGCUUUGUAGGAUCUGAUGCUGGAUACACGCCUGAUAAUGUGCGUCUGUCCAUUUCAUUUUUACUCUUGCCCAUCUACUGGUAAUUGCGAACCAGUAUGCCAUAGAUAUAACCCUUAUUAGUACAGACCUAAGGUCAUUAUUUUUGGAACAAAAAGGAGGCGCGUUAGCUCAGUCGGUAGAGCGGGGGACUCGUAUUCCGGUGACCCCGGUUCGAUUCCCACUUGGUGCGCUAGUGCCCUUUGGUAAGGCAUUAAUCCUCAGUACCAGGUCCUUCGGAGAGGACCUUAAGCCGUCAGUCCUCUGGUUGCUUGCUUACAAGCAUUCAUGCUUUCUUAGCAAUCAGGUAAAAAAUCACCACCACCAAUACCAAUCUCCAUACAAUGUUUUGACACAUUUCAACUCUUGCAGGAUCUGGGUUUGCUCUGAAAAAAAAAAUGCAUGUUGAUAUAAAUUAUUAAAACAUUUUAAGUGUGUAUCUUUCAAUGUUGAAUACAGUAUGUAUGUAUUGAAAAAAAAAGAAAUUGUUAUGUAAUUGUACCACAAUAGUUUAAGAGUUGUCUUGCAAGUUUGUAUAUAGGCAUGAUGUAUAUCGUUCAAAUUAUUAAUUUAGUUGCUGGAUUUUAGCACUUAUGUGUUUUUUUAUUCUCUGACAGAAAAUGAUAAAUGUCAAUGUUAAGUGGCAUUGAAGCUUUGGAAUACCAUAUAUCGUAUCCACAUUGGGGAGUUUUGCUUUCUUCUUCUUUUUCAGUAUUAUUCACUGACAAAUUCAUUCUCAGCCAAUGGCAUUCAAGCGAGCGUUUCAAAAGCUUAUAACAGUCAUAGGUGAUUCUGGUUUAUUGAAAUACUCUUGUAGUUUCAAAUGAUGGAGUUUGAAGAUUCUUAUUUUGCUCAUUUCUCGGCAGUUAUGCAUUUUCUUCUAGAGCUAUUUGGCACAUUUUAUUUCAUUUAUACAUAAAGAUACUUUAGUGGUAAUUUUAUUGGAUUCUGUUCGAACUCAUUUUGAUAUCGUUACCACAACUGGUAUUUAUCUUUAAAGGUCCUAUGACACAAAAACCAUCUUAUUUUGGAUAUAUAUCUAUUCUUGGGUAGUUUUACUUGAAAAAUACGAAUUUGCCAUCGGUUUCUGUGUACAACGAACCGGUGUUGAGUUAUUCCAUGGAAAUGAACUUCAACGGGAACGCCCACUAAAAUUUUCGAAAAGUCGGCCGAUCGACCUGUCAAUCAUCGUGACGUCAUCGAAAGAUAGCUUUCUCAGCUGUGCAGCCGGACCCCUAGUUAUUGCACAUGUAAAUCCACACGUGCAACCACAAUAGGCACUUCACGCACCAAACGUCAGCAACAAUCAGCAGAUUCUUUCCCUGACGUCAUAAUUGUCACGUGAUAUACGAAACCAAAUCGGGCUGAAUUUUUUGUGGGCGUGGCGAAUUUGGCUCAAUUUUAAUAUAAAACUGCCUUUGAAUCCGAUGUGGGAUGUUUUUCGGGUAAAAUUUUGAUGGAAUCGUUAUUAGUAACCACUAAGCUAACGAAUAAAUCAACAUCUUUGCUGUAUUUCAUAGGACCUUUAAGCUGUUAAUGCAAUUUUAUUAAACAAGUUUUACGAAAUAGGCCCCUAUUCCUUUUUAAUGUAUUUGUUAGUGUAAGACAAAAUAUAGAUCAUGUUCUUUAUUCAGUGCCACAUUCCAAAAAUCUUUUUGUUCUAUAAGCUACAUGUAUUGCUGAAUCACCCAUAGAGACUCUUGGAUCUGGAAUUGUUCACAGGAAAAAACCAUUAGUAAACAAGGCCACUAUGAAAUAAACAUGAACCUAUUUAUGUACAAUGCGUCCUACAAAAAAGGAGACAAAGUUCUUUGGUAGUUUUCUCAGCACAAGCAAAUGGUUUGAUAUACUAGUAAUGUCUGUAUAAUAUCGUCAAGUUCAUUGUUUAUUCAUUAUUUUGAUACCUUAUUUGACACACAGCUUACGCAUCAGUGGGUUUUGGAGAGUUUGGAAUUACGAUUUCAGUAUCAAGUUGUGCAGAAAAUUGGUCAAUAUUUAUAUUUAUGUAUUAUACAGGGGUUCUAAGUUAGAGAGGGAUGGCUCAAUAACGUUUCUUUGGUUCUUAGUUGUUUUUUUCACUGAUUAUGUUAAUGAGGGAAUGGAGAUUCAAGCACAGAUUCAUUGUUGUCAGACCUGUUUAUAUUGGUCGUAACCUACCAUAAGGGAUCCUCAGAAUUUUUUCUUGAAUGAAAGAAGAGAUUUUCUCAAGUGUUAAAUUUGAAACCUGAACAUAUUUGAAAAUAGGGAUAUUUAUCCCUGAAAGAGGUUUUCCUUGAUUCUAGGACGCAGUAUAUAUAUCAAAACUUUGCUUUUCUAUAUUGGUAUGGAAUAAGUGAAAUUCAAAUAGAAGAAUGAAAUAAAUGAGGCAUUUCAUCACUUUCUUAUUGUUUUGUUGGUUUUAAUUUUUGUUUCAAUGACAUGUGCAUAGUAAUUUGUAUAUUAUAUAUCAACUCUUAAGGUUUAAAUUCUGCUUUGAAGGUAAAAAAAAAAUCAAUUUAGGUGUUUAUGUUAUGUCCUGCUAAUAUUGUAUAUUGCAUCAACGAUUAUCAAAUAAAUGUAUGAUCUAGAUGAAGGUAAAAAAUA